AUGGCGACCACGAAGGACGUCCGGCCGCAAUGGCAACUGGCGCGCAGGUCCGGGCCCAUCUCUUCCAGCGGCGUCGUCCUGCGUCGACUGUUGCGCCAUCGACUGGCGAAAGAGAGCGCCACAGACGACGACGCCGACGACGACGACGCCGACGACGAAGACGAGGAGCAAGACGAGACGAGACGCCCGGCAGAGUGCGGAAACCCCUUUUGCCGGCAAGUUUUAGCCAAUCGGUACGCGAGUUUCUGCGAGGACAAGCGCAUGUGCCAGCGCUACCGUGCGCUGAAGCUACAGUGUCUGGCGAACGCCCAGGCCGAGGAAGACGAGGAGGACACGAGGCCCUUGUCGCUUAUGGUCAGUAAACAACGGAAGCAAAAAAACCAAAGCAGCAGCGCCAAGGAGACGUCACUGGAAGUGGAAGCGAGUCCGCGUGCUACUGCUACCUCCCAACGUAGUGACAAGAGGCUCAAGGUGUCAGCAGCAGCUGCUGCUGCUGUUGCACUGGGGAGCGAAGAGAAGCGACGGAGUGGCGUGAAAAGUCUACGAAAAAGUGAGAAAGAGACGACGCCACGCAAGAAAAAGAGGAAGAAAGUGGAGAAAAUUGUGGAAAGUGAGGACGAGGAGAGAGAGGACGGGGAAGAAGAGGACGAUGAUGACGAGGAGAAGAAGAGACGAGGGAAGAGAGUGAAAAGAGUGCGAGAGAGUCAGCGGACGAGCGUUCUAGUCGACCGUCUUCGGUUGAGUGUACCGACACCGUCGGGAGCGGACGAGUCGGGAGUUCGGGCAGAUAAACCUAAGAAGAAGAUGUUGUCACGCGUGCAGCUGUCGACAAAGACGAGUGGUGACGGAAAAAUGGAACUUGGGAGCAGCAGUGUACAGAUAAAACGACGUCGACUGGAUAGCCGUUUGAGUACAGAUACUGUGGCGUCGCCUCGCUUUGUGGCCUCGUCACCAAAACAAGCUGCUGCGUCUCCUUCUGCAGCGUCAGCACCUGAUGCGAAUUGGAAAAUUCCCAGGUCUACAUCAAGUCAGGAACGGACUUCUCUGCAGCAGAUCAGAAGGAGUAUGGACGUGGAUCUUGUGCCGCUGGGUGUUGGUAAAUCAACAAAAUCUGCCGGUGGAGGACGAUACGUCCAGAAUGGAAUUCGAGCAGUGUCUCAAGUAUCGAGGCCAGCAAACCCGCGAUCAAGACCUCUGAAUAUAUCAAAGCCGCCGGUACAGCCAGCAGUAACACCUUCUUCAGCAUUGCCGGUCAAAGCGUCACCUACGUUUGCAUCGACAGCACGACAGCAGCUAUCACCACAGCCUAAACCGCCAUUGCCAUUGCUACCACCUCAGACUUCAGUUUCGGCCUCAAUGCCGGUACCUCAGCCGCCUGCUAAGGCUGUCAACCCCUCACCAUCGUCAUUAGCACCACCUGCGGUACCGGCGGCUAUAGAUCCAUCCGCCACAACAGCAACCGGGCCAUUCGAGGUAACGCGGAUUUCUACCUUGGCUUAUCUGAAGAGCAAGAAAGGUGGUUGCGAAUGGCAACCAGCAGAACAGCAGACGAAUUUCCCACCAUCGCGGUUGUCUUCGCUGGAACGUUUUAGUAACGUGAGUGAAGAUCGUGCUUUGGGAAUUUCGAUGGCUCCUGCGUGUCCUACAGGCUUGCCUAGAUAUCGCAAUGAUGGUGCCCCCUUGACAUCGUUUACAGAAUCUCGAUUUGGUGCGGAUCAACGUAGGCAUUACCUUGAAGUCGAAGCAAAGCAUCAACGAUUGCCUACUGAAAAUGAGGAGAACGCGGUACACUACCGAGAGAGGCCGAACAUUGGCUGUGAUUUUGAAAGGUCAGCGUCCGAGAAUUGGAAAGCCCGCAACUUCCCGUCACCACGUGAGCGCUAUUCGCUCCGGCAACAGGAAGCUUUUGUGGACAGUAUUCGAUGUAAUGGUUUUGAGUACUCGAUGGAUUCACACGCAAGGUCAGCACCGUCCCCGGUCGAACAACCUGGUCGAGGCCCGCAGAAAGAGCUUUCACCACCUCAGCAUGCGUCGCCUUCUUGUCGGGGUGAACAGCGUGUCAAUAACGAACGGAGGAAUAGUAGACACGACGGCGACGAGGACGAUGCGCCAAUGUUUUCGCAUCGCGAGGCAUUUUUACCACAUUUGCUGUCAAUUUUCAUUCAUCAGUUACCCCAUGCGCUGGAAGCAGUGUAUAACGUUACGAAGAAGCCAAGAAAAAUGGUUUGGUAUAUACAAAAUAUCGAGCGAAUUGAGCGCAUUUGCAAAGCAUCCAACUUGAAGGUAAAGAUCGACGGCUCAACAGCAGUGGUGACUGUGCGAGGCCGUGAAUGGCUAACGUUGCAGGGUACGUCUACGGUGGCGCUGCAUUUGAAUGUCAUGAAAAGCUUGUGGAGCGAGGCGACGGCAUGGCAAUUUUUGUAUGAGGAGGUGGAGUCUACUCUUGCUUACUACAAAAGUGUAUAUGGCAGUAAAGCAAACGAAAGCUAUUCCUUUCUUCGUGCGUGGAACAAUCUGAAGAUCACAGGGAAGCAUAUACCACUAUCGAGAGAAACCAAUUACUUCUGCGGUGCACGGCUUCAUCACUGGAAUUUUGUUGUUGGAAAGGUGGAAAUCGGGAGUGGCAGCCAUGAAGAAAAACGAGAGGCUUUUCGUUUAGCCUCCAUCAGCGCAUUCGAGUUUGUAUUGAAAAUCGGUCGAGUUAUGCGACAUCCUACAGUCAAGCGCAGACGAGUAUUAGAGGAUUAUGAUGAAGAUGAAGACUGUUAUCGGAGCUCAAGCCGUGUGCCGUCAUCCAACAAUAGAGCGCGUUCACCAGAUGCUGAAAUCGAAAACAGUAUAAUUGCCGGUUCGUCGCCUUCGAUCGGACCUUCGUCCCCAGUUGAGUUGAGUGCAGCGGCAGCACAGCCGUCGAGAGAGCAACUGUUGAUGAUGCGUGAUGAUGCUGAAAGUCCUUCUGCAGAGGCACCUUUGACGGAUAGACAGCCGUCAUCCGGUGAGCCGUCGACGGAGCAAUUGCCGACGACACGUGAUGGCGCUGACAGGCCUCUGACUAAUGAAUCGACGGGUGGACAGGCACCGACCGAGCAACUGCCAGUUACCCUUGAUGACGCUGGUAGGCCUCCGGCCGAUGCAUCUUCGAUUAUCCAGCGACCAGCGGACGAUGGGUCACAGCUUUUUGCUGAAGUACGUACAUAUACCGAUCCCGAGUUUUCUUGCAGCCAUGAAUCGGCAGAAGCUGUGGACCAACGUGGCCCGAGUGAGGAAAUGGACAUACGUGGUGAUGCCAGUGAUAUGAGCGUAUCACCUUCCGCCGAGUCGCCGCGGAUAUCGAUAACGUCAGCGACGUCUACAGAUGCGCAAGAGUCUACUGUCACAUCGGCAGCGGAACCCACGCCAGCCGCGGCAGUAUCCUCUGCGCCGACAGCAGUGAUUUCUGCUUCAACGAUCACUAUGAACCCUAUCUAUCCGACCAUUUCGAUUCAAAGUGAACCGCUUGCUUUUAUUCCCGCGCCUACAAUGGCGCCGUAUGGCGCGUCUCCCGCUCGUGUUGGAACUAUGGGAUAUGCUGUACAGAGGGGCUUUCCAGCGUUACAGGCGAAGACAACAACACCUUCACGACGGUGUAUGAUGUGCGAGAUGAUUCGCAUGCGGAAGCCGGAUGGAGAGCGAUGCCUGCGCUGUCAGCAGAGGGAUAUGCCAGUCAACGCAGCAUUCAGCGCCUUGCUCUGGCCUUGA